UCACAUUGGCAAGAAUUAUUGAGAACAAACUCUUACCAUGACAUCUUUUGGAUGGAAGAGAAAAAUAGGAGAAAAAGUGAGCAGGUCUGUAUCGACUGUUUUCCAGCCAGAUGAAACAGACGAGGACAAUUUUGACGAUGAGGUGGACUGGCUUACUCUGGCCCCGAAACGGAGCUUGAUCCUUGAAGAUGCAGUCAUCAAAAGUGCACGAUUGAAGGAAGAAGGAACGACGUUGUGUGAAGCAGAGAGGUAUUGGGAAGCUAUCAAAAUAUGGAGCGAAGCUAUCCAGCUGACACCCUAUGAUGCUAGACUUCAUGAAAUGAAAGCACAGGCAUUGUUAAUAUUACAUGAAGUUUUUCCUGCUGUUCAAUUUGCAGAGAAGGCCACACGUUUACAACCAAACUGGUGGUCAGCCUUUCAGACCCUUGGCCGAGCUCUGCUAGGUCUUGGAGAAGUUCAUUUAGCUGUACGAGCUUUCAGCAAGGCCGUUCAUCUCAAUCCCUGUGUUCAAGAACUGUGGGAAGAUGACCUUAAAUGGGCCUGCACUCUGCUGGAUCAAAAGGAACACAUUACGACAGAACUUGAAAAAAACACAAAUACCAAUUCAAACGUCCGAGAGAUCUUAAGUGAAGAAGAUGAUGAUGAUGAUGAGGAUGAUAACAAUACCAUUAAGGAUAUUAAUGACAUUAACUCAAAACCUAUAAAGAGUGUGCAGAUUUCAGCAAUGUCAUUAGCAGAAGUGAAAAAAUUGAAAAACAGUUCUUCAGGUAGCAGUACUACUACUACUACUACUACUAUUACCACAACUACUACUGCUGCUACUACUACUACUACUAAAAAGACUAUAAUUACCCUGCCAUCUAAUUAUGUGAUGAUGCGAUAAUUAUCUUAAUACAUUACAUCCUUGGCCACACUUGUAAAUAAUGCUCCUGAAAUAAACCUACUUUCUUAUAAUUACA